AUGCGCAACACACUCAUCUUUGCCGGCAAUUCAUGCCCAGUCCUCACAGGUCAAAUCUGCGAGAACUUGGGCAUGCAUCCUGCCAGCGCUGAGCUUACGCAGUUUUCCAAUGGCGAAACGAGCGUCAGAAUUCUGACAAGUGUCCGAGAGAAGGAUGUCUUCGUUGUCCAGUCCGGCAGCCCCAGCAUCAAUGACUCCAUCAUGGAGCUUCUCAUCAUGAUCUCAGCCUGCAAAGGCGGUUCCGCUAACAAAGUCACUGCCGUCCUUCCUUACUUUCCCUACAGUCGGCAAUCAAAGAAGAAGUCGCAUAGGGGUGCGAUCACUGCUCGUAUGCUUGCGAACUUGUUGGGUGUUGCUGGUGUUAAGCAUAUCAUCACUGUCGACCUUCACGCAUCUCAGAUGCAGGGCUUUUUCAAAUGUCCCGUCGACAACCUACAUGCAGAGCCUAUCCUCGCUAAAUGGAUCCGUCACAACGUGUCUAACUGGCGCGAAGCGGUCGUGGUUUCCAAGAAUGCUGGAGGAACCAAGCGUGUGACAUCGCUUGCAGAUGCUCUGAAGCUCAACUUCGGUAUUGUCACUACAGACAGGAAGCGUGUGAGCAACAUGACAGCCAGCAUGAUCAUGAGACAUUUUGAUCAUAACGUCGACCGCCAACCAACGCCUUUGGAGUCAAACCGCCCCAUUCCCUAUCGCGGACCUCCGCAGGCCGAGCGUGCGGCCGAGGCCGAUGUCACUCCUAAGAGGGAGACCCCACCUCCGCGCACUAGAAUUGUGACGAAUUCACAGGGCUCUCCUACACGAGCUGACAGUUCCGCGCGUGCACCCAACCCCGAUAUGACCGAGCAUGUGGAUUCAAACGCUACACCACCUGCAGGAUCACCCGAUGAUUCGGUCAACGGCGAGACGGACUACGAUGAUCAUAAGGCGUCUGAGGUCACGCAAGGCCGUUUGGUCCAGGGCCGCAUCGUUGAGGAUGAUUAUCCUUCUCCUGAUCGAUCGGUUGUCGAUGGCAGUGUUGAUGACGAUCCAAUGACGAUGUCUCAUGCAUCUUCGUUCUUUGUUCCUGAGCCCCAAUCCCUUGGAGGAUCUGGCGAUGCCGCGGCAAGUUCCGAUGAGGAAGACAAUGCUUUCGAGGAACCUGGCGCUGAGCAUCUUAUUACUCUGGUUGGAAACGUCAAGAACCGUACCGUCUUCAUCGUGGAUGACAUGAUUGACAAGGCCGGAUCUUGGAUUGCUGCAGCCGAGACUGUAGUGAAGAAGGGUGGAGCCAAAAGGGUUUACUGCAUGGCCACUCAUGGCGUGUUUGGAGGCGACAGUUUGGAACAACUUCAAGCGUGCGAGUGCAUUGACCAGAUUGUUGUCACCAACAGCUUUCCUAUCGACAAGGACAGAGCUCGUAGUAUCAGCAAGCUUGUUGUUCUCGACCUUUCCUUCCUACUCGCUGAAGCCAUUCGACGUAACCACUACGGUGAGGCGCUCUCGCCUCUCUUCCAACAUUACGGUGAUUAG